GUCCUGGGAAGGUUCGGCAGUUCCAGGCACGCCCCGGGGGUGGGAUAGUGAAUGUGCUCUUACAAGUGCGUGGUCUCAUUGUUGCUAGAGUUAUACUGUGCGAUUAAUUUGUAAGGUUUCCUGCAGUUGUCGGGGAACGUGUAGAGGAAAGAACUAGGCAGCAAAUACAGGUCAUGGUCCCGGACUGGUGGACGCUGUGCACCUCGGUGGUGGCGGGCCUGCUGGUGCUCGCCGCUUUCCGCUGGUACCGCUUCCACACGCACUUCGCGCGCCGCGGUCUGCCCUACGCACCGCCGCUUCCCUUCGUCGGAAACAUGCUGGACGUGGUGAUCGGCAGGUGGUCCCUGACUGAUCACGUGAUCGUACUGUACAACAAGUUCCAGAAACAUCGAUAUGCGGGAGUUUACUUCUUCGGAAACCCCCUCGUCAUGGUGAGGGAUCCGGAGAUCCUUCGCACCAUCACCAUCAAGGAUUUUGAUCACUUUACCGACCACCUUGACAUGGCAAAUGUCGACAAGGAAGAUAUUCUGCUGCAAAAGAUGUUAAUCACCUUGAAAGGAAAGGAAUGGCACGACAUGCGGACCACGCUGAGCCCGGCAUUCACUACUACGAAGAUAAAGAAUAUGUUCGUGCUGAUGACAGAGAUUGGACAGCAAAUGAUCAGUUAUCUUUCUGAGAAGACAGCUGAACACAAAGGUUCCAGUGGAAAUGACGUCCUGACACUGGAGAUGAAGGAAUUUUUCACUCGUGUUACCAACGAUGUAAUAGCCACAACAGCAUUUGGUGUCAGGGUGGACUCGCUGUCGGAACCCAACAAUACUUUCUACAGCAUGGGCCGCGCUAUGAGCAAUGUGAAAGCGCUUGUUGCUUUUGGUUACUUUUUCUCGCCGAAGCUCAUGAAGCUGUUGAACAUUCCGUUCUUCGACCGAAGGGCGGAACGGUACUUCAGGUCGGUGGUUGCAGAUACUAUCAAGACGCGAGAUAAAGAGGGAAUCGUCCGUCCAGAUGUUAUCCAACUGCUGAUGCAGGCUAGGAGGGGUGAACUGAAGGCAGAAGAGGACGAGCAGAACGGCACCAGUGCAGGCCGGCGUAUGAAACUCACCGACGAAGACGUGGCGGCGCAGGCGAUGUUUUUCUUCUUCGCUGGCUUCGAGACCGUGGCGAGCGUGCUGACGUUCUGCAGCUACCUGCUGGCGACGAACGAGGAGGUGCAGCGGCGGCUGCAGAGGGAGGUGGACGAGCUGAUGCAGAAGAGCGGGGGGCAGCCCAGCUACGAGCAGGUCACGGGCAGCCAGUACCUCGACAUGGUCGUCUCUGAGACGCUGCGCAUGUACACCCCUGGCUCCGCCUCCGACCGCAAGUGCGUGAAGCCGUACCGCCUGCCCGCCACCGACACCUGUCCGGACGGACUCCAGCUGGAGCCUGGAGACGGCGUCUGGAUCCCCGCACACGCCCUCCACCACGACGAGAAGUACUUCCCUGACCCCGAGCGCUUCGAUCCGGAGCGCUUCAGCCCGGAGAACAAGCACCUCAUCAAGCCCUUCACCUACAUCCCGUUCGGCGUUGGACCUCGUAUUUGCAUUGCCCAGAGGUUCGCACUGCUGGAGUUGAAGGUGAUGCUCAUCUACCUGCUGUCUAAGUUUACUCUCCGCGUGGUCGACAAGACGCCGGUACCUCUGCAGACCAAGCCGAACAGCCUCAUGUUGUCCAUCAAAGGUGGCGCCUGGCUGGGAAUCAGUCCCAGAUCGUGAAGCAUUAAAAAGUGAUUGGAAGAGCCGAAGCUACCUGAUAUAUAUACUCUGUGAUUUGCACUUAAGUAUAACUUAAUUUACCCCCAGGUGCUACUGAAUUACCGAGGUCAGCAUAGACUCUGACUUCCCUGAUGAUAGUGUAUCUUGAUGGCAUGGACUCCGCAAAAUGGGAAAGCUUGCAGCAGAGAACGUAGAUCGUGCCAUUGAGGUUACUGGUGUCUCAGAUUACGCUUUUUCAAGUCUGUAGAGUGUGAGACAUCAAUUGCGUGGCGUCCUACGAUUUAAUACGUUCUAUUCCUGAGGGGUAGGGGGAUGAGCUUGUGGCAGACAUCAUCUACCAACAGGUCUGUGCAUAAUUUAUGUGUUACGGUCGCUAUCACAUGAGCUACGAGUUCCAAUACUUCCAACACACCACACCCAGUGCAAAUGGAACCAGUUCACACUAACUCAGCAACUUUUAGCUACUCAGCAACCGGACUCCACAAAUUUUCCAAAACCGGCCAUACAGCAAGUACACGAACUUCGCAACCAGCAGCAGCUUUUCGACUUUCUCUUGGCCACUCCUCGAACCACAUUAGUGAGACAUGUUGUGGGUAUGUAACAACGUUAAGCGAAAAAAUAAUAUUACAUUAUCAUUACAAAAUUGACAAGAAGCCACUUUAUUGCCAUGAAUAUCCCAAACAGCAGAAGGAAGUUGAAAAAGCUUUCAAAGGAAGUAACUUGUACAAAGUGUUCCACUAUUAUGGGUACAAACGACAGGGAUCCGUAGAGGGCUAUGAUAUCAGUAAAUAAUUCCAAUAAAUAUAGGUCCAGAAACCAACUGUUUCCUCAGUACAACAUAUACGACCGAGUACAUGAAUAUCUUACAACUGAGUCCCUCAGGAUUCAAGCAGCAGAUACAUACACGAGGGCAAACACAUUGCAGCUGUUUGGCAUGGCCACCGUUCGAGUGAAAACAAGCUUGAGCACGUCUCCUCAUCGACGCCCAUACACGUUAAUAGAUCACAGUCAUGUCCAGAAUACUUUGACAACCAUCCCCCAGCUCAUAGACACUAACAGCAGGGCUAAAAUACACCAGAGCUUUUAAAUAUAACCACACAAAAAUGUAGACGUAGCCUUAGAUGUUAACAGUGUUGUAACAUUGAGAUGACUGCACUUGUACAACAUUGUAUCGGGAAAGAAUUGGUAUCUGGACCUGUAUUUACUAGGAUUAUUUGCUUGUUUCAUUCUUCUCCAUGCGUCCCUUUGGUUUAUACCUACAACAGUGAAACACCUUGUAUGACAACUAGCUUCAAGUACAGUAAUGAGAAUAUAUUCUGGAGGUAUGUUUAAGCUAAGGAUAGCAUUUAAAUUAUGUGAGAGCCAUAUUUCAGUUUGCACAGUCUGCCAUUUCGUCAUUGCAGAGGUUUCUUUUUCUGAAUGAAUACUUGUCUUUCUUUGAUAUGGCAUGGGACCGGAGCCGACAAAAUUUAGUGUACUGUAGGAGUCUCUUUGUACUUUUCUCAAAUUACUCACAAAAAUCUAUGUGUUAGAGUGAAGUGAUUCAAGCGAAGAGUUAAAACGAGAAUGAAAACUCUCUCUGUACUUCUCAAAAGUGCAGAAGACUCGUCUGCCCGAAAACAUAAACGCGCUCUUCUACCUGAAGAACAAGGUACGCGAUUCGGGUAUGGGGUUAAGGGAUCCUCCCUUGAGCUUUUAUGAAUUGCGGAGUGCGCACAAUACAGCUAGAACUCCGGCGACACACAAUUGGUUUUCCACGUUCUGUUUACUGCUGUCGACAAGUGGCAACUGUGGCGCGUGGUUAACGUAGCUACUAUUGGGGAACGGUGGCGGACGUAGUUCGUGGAGAGGAGAUGAUGAUGCGUAGUAGAGGUUCACAUAUGUUGUUGCCGUGGAACAAAGACUCUUCGGCUGGUGUGUGGUACAGCAACUGCUCCACUUGCUGUUAACGACUUUAUGUAGCCUACGAAGACUUCUGACAGUUACGCGUUACAAUAACAGAUGAGACUGUGGUGGUGGAUUUAUCCGAGUCCAAGUGUUUGCGGCGGUAGCCUUUUGAUAUGAGGGCACAUGAAAUGCGAUUGCUUGAACGAUAUUGGGAACAGAGAAUACGUGCCCGUGGCUAUCAGAGGAAGAAGUGCCACAGUUCACUAUCGUAAAACGUAUUAAAGUAGAUUUGUAAAGACUACUGAGUUUCUCAAAAUGCACAUUCUCCCAUGGCAUUAUCUUGUGCCGCCUCUAUACGGGAAAUGACAACGUUGCAGUGAUCCAACACACAAUGCUACUUCCUACUGCCCUCCCAGCGUUUAAAGCUGAAAAUAGGGAGAACCAUAAGUAACAAGCUUCUUUAUCCCGCCCAACACUCGAGCAUUUGAUUUGUUGUUGUGAAACGAGUCAGAGUGUAGUUUAAGUUAACGCUGCUCUAAGGACAGAUUGACUUAAAAGCAUUAUUUGUUGUAAUAAAUUAUUUUUCUAACAAUGUCUCAAUGACAGCUGAUUUAAUGUGUGUGUUACAGCUAUGAUGAAAUGUAUUGUAUUCUAUUAUUUAUCAAUAAAAUACACAUUGUUUUACACCA